AUGACGGACACUGACAUAGACACAGCACUCAAGAGUCUAAAUCUGAUACCGGACAACCUGUUGCUACUGCCACCUGCGGUAAGCCACCUAAUUAAGAACCAGGACGAUAUAGAAGUCUUAAGAGAAACCUGUAACGGCAUUAAACUAAAUAAAUAUGACUUUGUUGCCUGUGUUGUAAAUGGAAGGCAAAAUGAAGCAGAUGAAGGAGGCAAUCACUGGUCUCUCUUGGUUACUAAAAAGCAAGAAAGUCAGAACCACAAGGAUAUCUCCUACCACUGGGACUCAGCGGGUGGUAUUAACACCUCUGAAGCAAAGCGCUUGGCUGCAAAAUUGAGCAAUUUCAUGUCCAACAGAAAUGACGAUGUCGGCAAUGGCAACAAAAGAAGUGACGAGGUUCAUCUUGUGAAUGUCCCGUGUCGACAGCAGAGCGGCGGAGUAGAGUGUGGUGCAUAUGCAGUACAUAACGCCGAACUAGAAGACCAACUCCAACGACGGUUUGUGGCGGCUGGAGACUAUGUGGUUAUAGUUGGUGGCACCAACAACACCAGCCCCGCGCACUACGCACAGGUGAUGGACCGCCUUCGUGAGCAGAGAGAAACACUAGCCAGAAUGCACAACAGUCGACAGUUCUACCUACACAGGCAGCAUCACAAGGAAACUGCAAUGAGGCUGCAGGACGUCACCAAGAUCCUGUGCGUCUUCAAAAUACAAGUGUCAGUGAAGUGCCUACGAGUGCAUCAGUGUCCGAGGUUGUAA